AUGGAACUUAACGAUGUUAUAGUUAACCAGCCAGUUGUUAUAGAUAACGGAUCAGGCGUUAUAAAGGCUGGAUUUGCUGGUGAUCAGAUACCAAAAUGCAGGUUUCCCAACUAUAUUGGACGACCGAAGCACAUACGGGUCAUGGCAGGUGCAUUAGAAGGAGAACUGUUUGUCGGUCCCCGAGCUGAGGAGCACCGUGGUCUCUUGAGUAUUAAAUAUCCAAUGGAACACGGAAUUGUCACGGAUUGGAAUGAUAUGGAGAGAGUUUGGAAUUAUAUUUAUAGUAAGGACCAACUAUCAACAUUCUCAGAGGAGCAUCCCGUGCUCCUAACGGAGGCUCCGUUAAAUCCUCGAAGGAACAGGGAGAAAGCGGCCGAAGUAUUCUUCGAGACAUUCAACGUGCCAGCUUUAUUCCUUUCCAUGCAGGCUGUGCUUAGUUUAUAUGCAACAGGACGCACCACGGGUGUAGUUUUGGACUCCGGGGAUGGUGUAACCCAUUCCGUGCCCAUAUAUGAAGGUUUCGCUAUGCCACACAGUAUUAUGAGGGUGGAUGUAGCUGGAAGGGAUGUUACGAGAUACCUUCGGUUACUCCUUCGAAAGGAAGGUGUGAAUCUCCGUACAUCAGCAGAGUUGGAGAUUGUGAAGUCAAUAAAGGAGCGUGCCUGCUACCUCUCAUCGAACCCUCUCAAAGAAGAGGCUAUGGAUUCGGAGAGGGCUCAAUACAGUCUGCCAGAUGGCACACAGCUAGAGAUCGGUCCAGCCAGGUUCCGAGCACCAGAGGUGUUGUUCAGGCCAGACCUUAUUGGUGAAGAAUGUGAAGGUCUUCACGAAGUACUUAUGUUCGCGAUUCAGAAGUCCGAUAUGGACCUCCGCAAGGUCCUAUACCAGAACAUUGUACUCAGUGGUGGUUCCACUCUGUUCAGAGGCUUCGGAGACAGAUUGCUGGCUGAAAUCAGAAGACUGGCACCAAAGGACAUGAAGAUAAGGAUCUCAGCGCCCCAAGAGCGCCUCUACUCAACAUGGAUCGGAGGUUCGAUUCUCGCCUCCCUCGACACGUUCAGAAAAAUGUGGGUAUCGAAGCGAGAGUACGACGAAGAAGGACAUCGCGCUGUCCACCGCAAAACAUUCUAG